GUUUGAAUGUUUUUCAGCUGGUGCCCUAAUGUAAUGUCUCCCCCCCCCUCACUUCAAGGCUUCCGUACUCAGCCAUUCCAGCACAUGGUCACUAGUGCCAAUGAUGGAGCUCAGAGCACCAGGCCAGUGUACCUUUAUAUAGUACUGGAAUAGACUAAUAGCAAUAUGAAAAAAGGAAACGGCAGCGUGGGUGAUACGCCUGAUGAUGGUAUCAAUGCGGGGAGAUAUUUAUAUCGCUGGAGAUGGCGCAGCUACUCAGGUUUUUGGUGUCCUGGGGGUCGUUUCCAAAUACACUGCAGCUGACCAGCCUUUUCCUCUCUCCCCUGUCUCUUCUAAAGUAGUAUUUUUCACCUCAUUCACAAGUCCAUAUUAAAAGAGAAUAAAAAAGCAGAGCUCAUUUCACAACUUUAUGCAGUCGGCAAUUGGCGAACAGUGGGACGAAUUGCUGGUGCGGCUAAAGUCUCGAGAUGCGAAGGAGCGCGAGGCGGCAGCUGAAGAGCUACAUAGACAGCUCAACACCGCAGAGGCGGUUGAUAAAUACGGCACGCACAGUGCACUGUACAGCAAGCUAGGGGCCAUGGCAAAAACCCUGCUGGGAUCGUCCUCUGCAAUCGACCAUUUAGCAUGCACCGAAAUUCUCUCGGCGCUGGCCGACAUGGCAUCACUAGAGGUCGACCAGUACACACGGAUAUCCCUGCAAGUCAAGACCUUGCUCAGCAACCCCGACAACGCAGUGUCUGCAAAGGCCGCGCAGCUCCUGCGCAAGCUCAUCAGCAAGCGCUGGGCUGGCGCCCACGCACUGCUGGAAUCAGAGGUUUCCCGCAGCCUGGCAUGGCUCAAUAAUCCGCUUAGCACACAUUACGUGGCUGCCCUGCACGUGCUCACCGAGGCAUUCGCUGGUGCGCCCUCGGCCAUGCGCGCAUAUGCAUUCAAGGCAUUGCCGUGCGUGACCAAACAGCUCCACAGCCCGCAGAGGGGCGUGCGCGAGGCUGCUGCGCUGGCGCUCAAGGCUGGCCUGGCCCAUGUAGCCAGUCGCGAUGCCCCUGCGCUCUGGCACAACUUUCUGUUCCAGGAAAUGCAGCAAAGGGAUGACUUUGCGGCCUUGCUGAUCUGCCAGGCGCUGGUUGAGCACGGCGGCAGCUUCAUGCUAGCCCACCUUGCGGCAGCCGGCGAUUUGGCCAUCAGGAUGGCCAGUGCACGUGAUCCGGAUUCCCACGACCGUGCGAUUGCACUGCUACCAGCACUGGCACAGUACAGCCCCCAGGGGUUUAGUGCACACAGCUCCGAUGGGCUGCUGGCGAAGGCGGUUUGGCUGCUGAUCAGGCAGGGUGGCGAAGCAGAGCUCCGGGCGCUUGGCGGCAUUGCUGUCAGCUGCGGUGACAGCUUUGCUGUGUAUGUGGAGCCUGUCAUCCAGGCAAUCCACACGGCGAUUGAGAAGCGGUCGAGUAAGGCAGCGCUGGUGGCGGUGGCGCAGGUGGCGCAGGCGGUCGGUCCUGCAAUUGUACCGCAUGCAGAUGGCCUGCUCGAUGAGAUGUGUGCAGUUGGGCUGAGCAGCUCUCUGUGCAGUGCACUGGCGGUCCUGGUCGAGGUCGAUGAGUUGGCGAAUGGCGUGCGCGAGCGCCUGCUGGAUAUGCUGUCAAUGGUCCUGAUUGGAAUUCCGUUCAGGCCGCGGCAGCCGGGCAUUGAUGCGUUUGAGCUGCAGCAGGGCCUUACACCACGGCACUACUCGAUGCCAGCCAUUGCCCACAGAAUGAAGGCUAGCUCUAAUGAUCGGCCAUGGCUGGCGGCCAAUGCUACAGCAGCACCAGAGGUGCUUGUUUUGGCACUCAAUACGCUUGGUAGCUUUGAUUUUGGAUGCGAGAACCUGUCGCUGUUUCUGCGCCAGGACGUGCUCGCGCUGCUCUCCCACGAGCUGCCCAGUGUCCGCAUCGCCGCCAUCCACGCAUCCUCGCAUAUCGUCACGUCCAAUACUAUGUUUCAUAUGCUGUUCGGUGCCGGCGUCGAUGUGGCCAGUAGCCUGGCGGACCAGCUUAUCUCCACAUCCGUCAUGGACACUAAUGCAGAAGUGCGACUGACAGCUGUCCGUGCACUGGAAAACUGCCGCUGUCUGGACUUCCACCUGAGCCGCACCGCCUCCGUGCGCACCCUGCAGACGCUGCUUAAUGACGAGCAGUCUGAGGUGCGACUGGCUGUGGUUGGGAUUAUCGGUCGGCUGGCUACCACCAAUGCCGCGCAUGUGAUGCCGCUCCUCCGCCAUCUGCUGCUGCAACUGCUGACUGCAUUCAAGCACGCCCAGAGCAGCAAUGAGCGACGCGAGUGUGCCGGACUGCUUCUAGUAGCGGUGCGGGCGGCCGAGGACUGGGUCCAGCCGCAUGUCGCGGGCAUCUACCGCGUUAUUGAAGAGCACAUGGAUGAGGGCCGGAGCCAGUUGGACAUUGCCGCAGCGCUGGCACGCGCUAGCGGCAAGGAUAUGGCGAAGCAUAUGGGUAGCAUGUUGAAGGGCAUUCUGCGGGCGCUGGGUGACCAGACAAAUAUAGCGCGGCAGCUUGCGGGGCUCCAGGCGCUAAGCAGCUGCGCGACAUUUAGCGGCCUGGUCAUCAAGCCGCUUAUUGCCCAGCCGACACUGCUGCCUUCGCUGAUGCAGUUGCUCAGGACAGAUGCGAGCGAACAGAUCCGCCUUGAAGUACUGCGUGCUAUCGGUGCCCUGGGAGCGAUUGACCCCCACUCAUUCAGUAGGCGGGCGACGAAGCUAUCGGGAAAGAAAUACGCAGCACCCAACGUCAUGGAGGUGGCUGUAAUUAAACCCAGCGAGAUGCUGGAGGGCGGUAUCCCAACAGACUCGUACGGCACGGCAUUUACCGACAACCCGUACUAUGCUUCUGUCGCAGUCAGUGCGCUGGUGCGUAUUCUCCAAGACCCUGCCCAGGCAGUACACUAUCGGCAGGCAGUACAGGCGCUGGCCUCAAUGUUCAAUGCACUGCAGAACGGCAGCCAGAACCACCUGCAGGUGGCUGUGCCGGCUAUUCUGGGCGCCAUGGACGCAGCGCCCAGCGACCAGGCACACUUCUACAUUGAGAAUCUGGGCCGUAUCGUCAUGAUCGCCCGGGAUCUGAUCCGGCCGUAUGUCGAGCCCAUGUUCAAAUUGUUAGAGUCCGGUCCCAGCAUUAGCGUGCAGCGGCAGACUGCGACCAUCGAGCUCAUCGAGGUGCUCUAUGUGGCAAUGGCAGGCGACCUCGGCAUCCAUUGCUCAGCGACAGUGACGUUCCUGCUUUCCAUUAUCGCCCUUGACAAGAGCGACCUGCGGCUGACCACGCAGCGCGCACUCCACGCCCUGCGCAUCCUUGGCCCAAGCCUGGAGAGGUACGUGAGUGCGGUUCUGCCAAGGCUCAUUGAAUUGCUUAAUGUGCAGAACCAGCCGCUGCGUGCAGUCGAGGAGGCCCUGAAGACCACCGCUGCUAUUGCUGCGUCGGCUGACUGCCGUGGCUUUGCGUCGCGCAUCGUCCUGACGCUGGUGCGCAUGCUGCAUCAUGCGACAAUAAGGUCCCUGCAGACAGCAAUCAUGGAUGUGUUCUGCACACUGGCUAUGCGCUUGCAAGACGACUUUGUUCACUACCUGCCAAUAAUCGCUAGUGCGCUGAAGGCCACAGGGAUUACGCAUGAGAGAUACACAAAGUACACGCGCAGUCUGCUCCUGGGCCGACUGGUUGCUGAGGAGCCGGUGCCGGAGCAGCCGAUGCUGUAUGCUGACGGACCUGCAUUCCCGCUUGGGCACCCCGACAAUCUGCAGGUCAAUGUGGCUGCGCUGCAGCGCAUAUGGCGGAUGGCCCUGCAGUGCCAGUCGCGGGAGGACUGGCUUGGGUGGCUCCACAGUCUCAGCACCGAGUUCCUGCGGCAGUCAUCGUCGCCGGCCCUGCGCGCCUGCGCUCCCCUGGCAUUCACACACAAUGCCACUGCCGCACGCCUAUUCAACGCCGCCUUUAUGUCGUGCUGGACCGAGCUGUCCGGACCGCCGCAGCAGGAGCUCAUUGCGCUAGUCCAGAACAUUGUGCUGAACGAAACUGUGCCUGCAGAGCUCCUGCAGGUGAUUCUGGCGCUGGCCGAGUACAUGGAGCGCGACGAAAAGCCCAUGCCAAUCGACAUUGGGCUGCUGGGCGCGUGUGCUAGUCGCUGCCAUGCUGUGGCGCGCGAGCUGCAUUACCAGGAGACUGCAUGGGCUCUGGAGGAGACCGAGGAGACAGCCGAGCGGCUUAUUGCGCUGAAUACGCGGCUGGAGCUGCAUGAUGCUGCCACUGGCAUGCUUGAUUACGUACGUACACGGCAGCCUGGGGUCAAGGAGAGCGCGGAGCUGCAUGUGCGCCUGCACCACUGGGACAGGGCCCUGCAGAUCAUCGACCGCCAGGAACACAUUAGCGGGCCGACCACUGCCACCACCACCAUGAAGCUGCGCUGCCUGUUCGAGCUGUCUGACUGGGAACGCUUGAUCCCGCUCUUCCAGGAUAUCUCCCCGGACCGCCAUCCAAGCAUCGCACACAUCGGCGCCAACAUGUCCUGGACAUUGGGCGACCUUGCUGGUCUUGAGAAAUACACGCCAUCCCUGCCCACCGCCGGCGGCGAGCGCAGCUUCAGCGAAGCGCUCAUUGCUGCGUUCCGUAAUAGAACCACGGAUGCCGCCCGGGCGAUUAAAUUGGCGCGGCAUGAGCUCGAGACUGACUUUAGUUCGCAUCUGGCCGAAUCGUAUAGCCGUGGGUUUGCGCAUGUGUUCCGCUGCCAGAUGCUGACUGAGCUCGAGGAGGUUAUGGAGUUUCGUGCCGCACACAACAACCGCGAGCGGCAGCUGGCGAUUGCCGAGACAUGGAGGCUGCGCAUGCAGGGCGUGCCAUAUGAUGUCAAUACGUGGCGGCGCCUGCUCUGGAUCCACAGCCUGGCAAUCAGGCCCAUCCAGGACCUCGAAGUGUGGGCAAAAUUCAUUAAUCUCUGUCGCAAGACCAGGCAGAUGAAUAUUGCCAGACAUGCGCUCUGCGUGCUGGUGAGUGACGAAUCUGGCUAUAUGCACGAAUGCGCGAGGGCUGCGGAUCGCGAGUCACAGGACAGCGUUCAGGUGGUGGGCGGCGAGUUCAGCACGCUCUUGUCGGAUCAAAAGCUCGACGAGUCGAUCAGCACGUCGCAGCACCCUCUGCUGAAAUACACAUAUCUCAAGUACCUGUGGGCAAACAGCCACUGCCAGGACGCAUACCAGAGACUGGACCAAUGCAUUGCGGAGUACACAGCCCAGCUCAGCUUUGACAUUGAUCAUCCGCACGCGCUAUUUGAUCAUUCUGGUGCUGCUGGCUCUCGGACAUCUGGUGGCGCCUGUAGCUCUGACCUAGGACUAGUACAGCUUCUGGCGCGCCUCUUGUACAAGAGGGCCGAGUGGCUUACCAGCCUCCUGCAAGACACAAAUCUGGGACAUGAGGCGAAGCGCAAGGCGGCACUGGGCGCGAAUGAAGCAUACCCCCUAUCUCCACCGCCUGAUAGCCGUGAAUCAGCAGCACACAAAUCGGUCCUAGGCUCACAGACUAGAUUGGUGCCAGGUAGAAUGACUAGUGCAGCAGCAUCAGACGCCACCAAGGCUGAUGAGCUGGUCUUGAAGUCGUACCAGGCAGCAACAGUUCUUCACAGCAAGUGGUACAAGGCGUGGCAUUCGUUGGCGUCCCAGCACUACUACGAGACGCAGAAGCUGACCGGUGAGCUCGAUGCAGUACCCGAGGAUGCCAUUGAGAGGCACGUGGUGCCGGCAGUGAACGGCUUUUUCCGCGCCAUCAAGCUGGCCAAAAAGGACACGACGCUGCAGGAUACACUGCGGCUCCUGACCGUGUGGUUCAACCACCCGCACCACUCGCUGGUAGUGCAGGCAGUGCAGGACGGCAUCCAUACGGUCUCGAUCCGCACCUGGCUGCAGGUGAUUCCACAGCUGCUGGCGCGCAUCCACAUCCAGCCUGAGAAAACUAGCUUGCUGAUCCAGUGGCUGCUGGCCGAGAUCGGCAAGCAGUACCCGCAGGCCGUCCUGCUCCCACUAUAUGUGGCAGCGCGCUCAGAAAACAGCGACCGCGGGCAGGCGGCUCGGAUUGUGCUGGAGAAACUGCAUGACCGGACACCUGUGCUGGUCGAGGAGACCGAGGUGGUGAGCCGCGAGCUGAUCCGCCUGGCGCUGUUGUUUCCAGAAAUGUGGCGCGACGCACUCGAUGUUGCCUCAAAGCACUACUUUCAGCAAAACGACAUUCCUGGCAUGAUCCGCGUCAUGGCGCCGCUGCAUGAGCGCGCGCGCAACCCUCAGACUGUGCGCGAGUACCAUUUCGUGCAGGCGUGCUUCAGCGAACUGUCGGCGGCUGAGGAGUACACUGCGCAGUACCUGGCCAGCAAGCCUGGGCGGUGCAAAAAAGCGCUGAUUGAGAAAGUAUGGACCGCAUAUCAUGCGAUCUUUGUCAAGGCCAACAAGAUGAUGCUUAGACCCUGCCCGCUGGCGCUACGCGACACAGCACCGGUGCUGCUCGACUGCUGCGACAUGCAGCUGGCUGUGCCAGGCACAUACGACCCAGACAUGCCGUUGGUCCGCAUUGCAUCAUUCAAGCCCACGGUCGAUAUGUAUGACACGAAGCAGCGCCCCCGGCACGUGCAUAUUUAUGGAUCCGACGGCCAUACCUACGUAUUCCUGCUCAAAGGCCAUGACGACAUGCGCCAGGACGAACGCGUCAUGCAAAUCUUCGGCCUGGUAAACUCUUUGCUCAACAAUGAUUCGGAGACUGCGCAACGCGCGCUUGCAAUCGAGCGGUACCCAGCCAUCCCGCUGUCGUCCAACACCGGCCUGAUCGGCUUCUACCCGAACAGCGAGUCGCUGACUGACAUUAUCCGCAGCUACCGCAGCGCGCACAGCCUGCCCUUGAACCUAGAGCGCCAGAUGGUGCUGCAGUUUGCACCGAACUGGGACACGCUAACGGCUCUGCAGAAGGUCGAGGGGUUCGAGUAUGCGCUAUCAAAUACACCCGGCAACGACCUGCAGCGUGCAAUGUGGUACAAGGCGCCCAGCGCCGAAAAAUGGCUCGAGCGCCGCACACAGUACACGCGCAGCACGGCGGUUCUGUCGAUCGUUGGAUUUAUCCUGGGAUUGGGCGACCGCCACCUGACCAACAUCAUGCUGCACACCGAGACCGGCAAGAUUGUGCAUAUCGAUUUCGGCGACUGCUUUGAGAUUGCGUCGCAGCGCAAGGAGUUCCCGGAGACGGUGCCGUUCCGCCUGACCCGCAUGGUGGUCAUGCCGAUGGAGGUCGGCUCGAUUGAGGGCACGUUUAAAAUCACCGCUGGACUUACGAUGCGAGUGCUGAGGGCAAACCGCGACUCGCUGAUGGCUGUGCUGGAGACAUUUGUGUUUGACCCGCUGGUGUCGUGGUCGUAUACACAGGACACAGCCAGCAGUGCCAGCAAUCUGUCGUCCCAGCAUGGUCUGAAAAAACAGGAACCGCCGGAGGAGUGGCAAAUUUCCCAGAGCAGCGACAGUGACAAGAUUGAAUAUGGCAGUCGGCCCGACAAAAGGAUGUGCACAUCUGACAUGGCCAGGAUGGCCGAUUUUGCUGGCCACAGGACCAUGCAGUGGCAGGCUGGGAACCCAAAGGCUAUGGCUAUCCUCACCCGUAUCGCGAGCAAACUACAGGGUACCGAUUUUGACAAAAACGAGAAACUGACUGUGGCCAUGCAAGUCGAUAAGUUGAUCCAGCAGGCAACGUCGUCAGAAAACUUGGCUGUUAUGUAUCCAGGAUGGGUUCCACUGUGGUAAACACGACCUGUAUUAUAAUUUACGUGCAACUUUCAAUCUUGUCCAAUUGCUAAACAUGAGCAGUUGCACGUAGUGGACAUAGCAAUAUGAGAACCAAAAGAUAAGGUAGAAAACACAGCCUACCUUGAGCGUGUAGCUGAUUUCCUGCAAAUGGCAACUCGAAAGGAGCGCAUGUUCAAAUACAUAUUUCAUAUCAAUGUCGUAACAACACCGGUUAAUUUGCAACCUCAUGAGCAAAGAACACCCCAAGGUGGAUGUCUCAUUAAUAAUAGGGGAAAUGUGUUAGGAUGAUAGAUAUUGGCUGGCUGAGCUAGAUGAUCGGAUAUACUGCAUCGAUAGUGUUCAAAGUACAGCUGCAGUCUUAGGGUUCGAGGAUAGUAGGUAAUACGCGCGCGGUAUGUGACGCAGCUUCCAAGUAGGCGUAAUCCAGCAGCAUUACCAGCCGAUAUUAUAUCCAG